GUUAUUGUCCUUGAAUAACCUGUUAAAUGUCAAAAUUGAAAGUGACGAGUGUUUUGUAUACUGAGGAAAAGUACGUAUUAUGAACGAUGAAAAUAUGGAGUUUGAAAAGGAAAAUUUCUCGGAUAGUGACAUGUUAAAAGAAAAGCAGGAGCGUGAAGAAUACUUGGAGAAACUACGAAAAUGGUUAGACGAUGUUAGGUUAUGGCGUUACAAUGUUAGUUCGAGUUUCCCGUGGAGUUUCGAAGACUAUUUGAGGCAGAAUUUUAAUCAGUCUCCCAAUAUAUUUUUCCCGAAUCCAGCGAAUGUCAAUCAAGGAACCAAUCAGUUCGCUCUGCAACAGCGGCUUCUGUUUUUAAACCGAAAUUUUCAAAAUACCUUUUUUCAAGCAGGCCAACCCACGCAAAACAAUCAAGCCCCACAAACCUAUGAAUUUAUUAUACCCCCUUUGUGGAAACGAGCCGCAGCUGAGUUAAUAGAUUUCCUGCUGUUGCUAUUAUUCAAAGUUGCACUCACUUUUCUCCUAUUGGAAAGUUUCGACGUUAUAGACAUGGGGUUUUAUGGUUUGGAGUUGUUCCAAAAAAAUUUGGAAAAUUCAGAAGGGACUGUGCCCAUGGCAGUCGAGUUACUUACAUUGGAAUUGCUGCAUCGUGUUAUAGUUUGUUUAUACGAGGCAUAUUUUUUGAAAGGAAAACUAUGCGCGACGCCAGGAAAAAGGUAUAUGGGACUUAUGGUGAUAACAGUAGAAGCGAUUACAUCCGUACCGGGCAGACCGUUCGAAACAGUAUCUGUAACGAGAGCGAAACCUCUAGGAUGGCGUCAGUCUUUUACCCGAGCUACCUUAAAAAACCUCUUUGUGGGUCUAUUUUUACCACUGUGUAUUGCAUUUUAUAUAUUUCCCCACAAUCGGACCAGCUACGAUAUGAUGUCCAAGAGUUUGGUGGUGGAAUACCACCAAGAAUUUAUGCUCUACCAUUCCAACGUGUAAUUAUCUAAAUAUUUAUUAUGUAAAGGCCAAGAAAUAAAU